GAGGGUGCGAGAGAGGAAAAUCAAUACUUGUCCUCUGCUCAGUCUCACAGAUAAUAUUCUUUCCAUUUGCCAAUUUUUCACUUCACUUUCCGCAUUUGGCUUUCCUCUCAUUUCUUUGCACCUGGAAAAGCAAAAGGAUUUUCCGUGGUGGGUGUGAGGUGUGUGAUCAUUGUGGAGUUUCUUGUGGAAAUUAGGGCUGGUUGUUGCUAAAUCUAUGCAGAAAAGUAUGAGAGUGUGUUGGGAAAAGAUGGUGCAUCACUGAAAGUCGCGCUACAGGAAAUGCCAGGAGGAAUUUUUGUCAAAUGCAGAAUGAAGCGACAAAAUGUGCGUACCCUUUCGCUCGUCGUGUGCACCUUCACGUACCUCCUGAUUGGGGCGGCUGUCUUCGAUGCCCUCGAAUCCGAGACGGAGAGUAAGCGCUGGGAAUUCCUACAGAGUGUUCGCAAUAAUUUCAUGAAGAAGUACAACAUCAGCCAGGAGGACUAUCGCAUGCUGGAGAUUGUCAUCAUUGAGAAUAAGCCCCACAAAGCUGGUCCACAGUGGAAAUUUGCUGGAGCUUUCUACUUUGCCACUGUUGUGCUGGCUAUGAUUGGGUACGGUCACUCCACACCUGUGACCAUUGGGGGGAAAGCCUUCUGCAUGGGCUAUGCCAUGGUUGGUAUCCCCCUGGGCCUGGUUAUGUUCCAGAGCAUUGGUGAACGUCUCAAUAAAUUCGCAUCCGUGGUUAUUCGACGCUUCAAGCGGUAUUUGAGGUGCAAGGAAACCGAAGCAACAGAAAUGAAUCUCAUGAUGGCCACGGGAUUCCUCUCGUCCAUCAUCAUCACAACUGGGGCAGCUGUGUUCAGUCGCUACGAGGGUUGGAGCUACUUCGAGAGCUUCUACUACUGCUUCAUCACACUCACAACCAUCGGCUUCGGGGACUACGUGGCACUUCAGAAUGACUCAGCACUCAUCAAUAAGCCCGGCUACGUUGCCCUAAGUCUCGUCUUCAUCCUCUUCGGACUUGCCGUUGUGGCAGCCAGCAUAAAUCUCCUCGUUCUGCGCUUCAUGACAAUGAACGCGGAGGAUAUUCGUCGAGAGGAGGCAGAAGCUCAAAUCGCAGCUGGGCACACCUUCGCGUAUCAGAGUGAUGUGAAUUUGAGCGAGAAGUGGCCACCUGGGCAGCCCAACUACUGCAAUCCUCCGGAGAUUGAUGAUCAAAUGUCCGUGUGCUCGUGCACCUGCCUCGGUGGCACAGGAUGCAUCAAUCACGAACUUCUCCUCGAUCCAGGUUACCAUCCCACAGACAUCAUCACCAGCUCUCUCAGCUUGGAGAGGGCUUCCGUGUGAAAGCUCCCAAAAGGCAAGUCCUCAAAAAAAUCCUUUUUAAAACCUUUAAAAAUAAAUCUAUUUUGAGGUGCAAUUCCGGGAAAAUUCAAUUACAAUUAAAUGUUGAAAAAUAUUUAGAUGAGAUUUUUAGAAGGAAAAAAUAAAUAUUUAGCUUGUGCGUUGUCGAGGGGCCAAAUGUAAAUAUAAUGCCAAUGUUUGUUAGGAAGGAGAUUUUAUAAUAAUAAUAAUAAUAAUAAUAAUAAUAAGUUUAUUUCGUUUUUUUAUUUGAUAGGUGUUAGGAUUUGUGGGGGAUUUAUCAAACUAAAAGACUUGGAUGAAUUGAAUAUGUAGGUAUGUAGGUACUUAGAGAAAAUCGUUCUUUGAGAAAUAUUUAGAUCAAGAAAAACAAUUUAAAAACUUUACUUGUUCCGAAAAAAAAUCCUUUUUACAAUACUUUUGAAAUUUAAUUAUACCAAACUCACGUAAAAAUGUAAGAGAACACGUGGGCAAAAUAAUUUUCAAUUAUUUCUCUAAUGAUUAAAUUGAAAAGAAUUAUAAUAUACGUGUUCUUUUACAUUUUUACGUGAGUUCACAAAACAUCGAAAAGGGAAAUUGAACAAUUGACGACUAUUGAAAGUUAUUGAAAUUUUUCCAAUCGGUGAGAAAUCAGACCAAAAUAAUGAAAACAGCAUAAUUAGGGCUUAUUGCUAAAACGGUCUCACAGCCCAUGAAUGGAAAAAAAUCGAAAAAUAAA